AUGUUCCCACGACCCCGUCGAGACAAUACAGCCCUUCCUAAACCCUUGCCAGAAAACACCGCAACACGCGAAUACUACGGCGUCUCAGAGGACGACGCCCCACAAUCCAUUCACGAUGACAUCGAUUACCCUGAAUCCUCCGCGUCGCCCGGUCACCAGUCUAUUCCAUCGCCGGGCGAUAAACACACUCGUGACAACCUAAUGUUAUCUAGAGAUGAAAAUGCGCCUGAGAAGACGACAAGUCCAACGCCCAGUCUUACAGCUAGUGAUGUAGUGCUGGGUGCGGAUCUGGAGGACUUUGCGGCGAUGAGUAAGUAUGAAGCGGAGACGAGGGGUACAUUGAGUGAGGGGGAGAGGAAGAGGGUGUUGACGGAGAUGCAGGAGAAGAGGAGGAAGGCGAGGGAAGAGAGAAGAGAGAAGGAAGCGAAGAAGGCGGAACAGGGGGAGGAGGCCCAAUUGGAGAAGGGAUCGCAGAUGAACAUGCAGGGUAGCCGACCAUCGGCGGCAGAGAAGUAGGUAUUGAGUUAACGGAAUGAGGAAUGUGGA